AUGGCUGCAGAUCUCUUAUUAGCAGGUGUUGAUACGACAUCUUAUGCUACUAGUUUUGCUCUUUACCAUUUGGCUAUAAAUCCUCAUGUGCAGGAAAAACUAUAUGAAGAAUCCCUCAAAAUUCUGGAGACUAAAAAUUCUCCAAUGACACUUGAAUCAUUUCAAAAUGCUUCUUAUGCACGUGCUGUGUUAAAAGAAUCUCUUAGAUUAAAUCCUAUAUCUGUAGGUGUAGGAAGAAUAAUUAAGAAAGAUACUAUAUUGUCCGGUUACCACAUCCCUGCCGGUACUGUUGCUGUUACACAAAAUCAAGUAAUAUGUCGUCUAGAGAAAAAUUUUCCAGAAGCUGACAAGUUUUUGCCAGAAAGAUGGUUAAAAUCAAAUAAGAGUGUUUCAAGAAUGAGGAAUAAAGAUUCACAGAAUUUCACUAAUGAAAUAAAUAAAUUUGACAUUAAAGAUACAUUCCAAGUACCUCAUCCGUUUUUAUCACUUCCAUUUGGAUAUGGAAUGAGAUCCUGUGUGGCUAGAAGAUUUGCUGAACAAAAUAUUCAAGUGCUUCUAUUACGGUUAAUCAGAAAUUUCGAAAUCAGUUGGGGUGGAACAACAUUAGAUUCGAAGACCUUCCUAAUUAAUAAACCCGAUCAACCACUAAAUUUCAAAUUUCGGCUGCGAUCUAAUUGA